AAUCUUUCAAGAUGAUUUUAAUAUCGUUUUUCAUCUUUGCUCUUGGAACUUUAGUUUUAGCGGCUCCCAGUCAACAUUUGGGAAUCAUAGGAGGACGCAAUGCUACAAGAGGAGAAUUUGUGUAUAUAGCCUCCUAUCAAUUAUGUACCGUAUCAGGUUGCACCCAUGACUGUAACGGAAUCGUUCUAAGCAAAAGCUGGGUUUUGACAGUAGCAAGUUGUCUGGACUAUUUUGAUCAAUAUAACUAUCAGGUACAAGCCGGAAUGUUCAAUCUUCAUGAUCCAAAGAGACAAAUAAGGAAAGCAGUAAAGGCUAUUCAGCAUGAAAAAUAUGAAGGCGAUGACUUGAGUGACUAUAACAUUGGACUGGUUAAAGUAGAUACACCAUUUGUGUUAAACGACAUGGUACAACCUGCAACAUUUCCGCAACCUUACAGCAACGUAUCUGAGGGUGAAGCGGUAUUGGCAGGAUAUGGAGCACCAGACUAUAAUUCGCUAUACAGUAUCAGAUUACAAGCAAUUAACGUUGAGGUAGUUAAUACAGAAGUAUGCUUGAAUUAUCUUAAUAAGAAAUACAACCUUCCUAAAUAUCAUAACAGUGUGGUAUGUACUGGACCUGGACCCUGUGUAGGUGACGGAUCGGCUCCUGUAGUCCAAGACGGAGUUGUCCAAGCGAUUUCGACUUGGGCCCUUAAUUUAUGUGAUCCCACCAACGCUAUCGCUGUUUAUACUAAAGUCAGUCCCUAUAUUUCAUGGAUACAGGAAAAUAUUGAGGAAGAACUAACUUUAGCAUAGAAUUAAACACUAAUAUUGUAAGAAUAUUGAAGUAUUAAUAAAUAAAC